CGAUCAGGGCCUCCCGGGGGUGGAGUAUUUUUCGGCAGACGCUGAGCCCGUGUCCAUAGAGGGAAGGUUUCUGACAGGUGUGUUGGAGAGUGGCUCAACUUUCCACUCCGUGUCUGAGACUCGGAUAGUAACCAGGUUCCCGGUUGGAUCGGAACAUGGCGAUGCCUGAUCAACCUUCUUCAGGAAAACACACCCUGCCCAUCACCAAUGAAAAAAUUGACGGAGACAUCACCACCGUUGGGAGCAUCACGUUCAGUCAAAGCGGCUUCUUGGGGAAGGGUGCCCUAUCUACGGUCUUUCGAGGACAAUGCGACAUGAGGCAAGAAGUGGCGAUAAAGCGCAUCCAUUACCGCACUAAAGAAGAGCGACUACUGAUAGAAAAUGAAGUUGGCAACCUGUUGAAAGUCGAAGAGGAAGACGUCAAGGUCAUCAGGUACUUUACGACGCAGAGAUCUGUGAACUUCUACUAUAUUGCGAUGGAGUUGGCACUGGGCACGGUGGAAGACUACGCGGAAAGGAAGCAGGGAGUGAUCAAACCUGGUGUGGACGAGCUUGACAAUCUCAAUGAAAUCAGCAUUCUUCGUGAUUCGUCAAAGGCACUUGAAUGGCUGCACCAGCAAAACAUCGUUCAUCGUGACAUCAAGCCGUCGAACAUGAUGCUGGUUAAAAGCAAAAAAGGCGAGAUCGUGACAAAGCUCGCCGAUUUUGGCAUAUCCAAGGAGAUGACAGCCAGCAAGCUGAAAAUGACAGCUGGUGUCGGUACCCUGGAUUGGAUGGCUCCAGAAGCCCACACGGGUGAAUAUCAACAUGGAACUGAGAAGACAGCUGACAUCUUUUCGCUCGGAUGUGUCUUCCACUAUAUCAUCUUCCCCGGACAGCAUCCUUUCGGCGAUGUGUCCGACAGGAUGGCAAACAUCCAACAGGGAAAACCGUGCCUCGCGAACAUCGAAGAUCCCAAAUAUGUGAACGUGGCGGCAAGGCAUUUGAUGGAAGAAAUGAUACAGCAAGAUCCAACAGAAAGACCAUCAACCACCUACGUGGUCAACCAUCCGGCUUUGUGGACAACAGAGAAUACGGAGAAGUUUUUCCAGGUUGUCAGCGACUGCAUCAAAGACGACAAAGAACAUGGCCCUCUGCUGAAAGAAGAAGUGAAUGAAGAACUCGAUCUUGCGUUCGUCACAGAACUGGUCAAACUGAAAGAAUGGAAGAAAGUCGUCGACGCCACUCUGGAUCAAGGGGCUUUCAAAAGCUACCAUGAGACCACUGCAGACCUUCUUAGGUUAAUAAGAAACAAGGUCCACCACUUCAAUGAUAUCUCGAAGGAGGGACGAGAGAAGGUUGGCAAGGUGCCAACAGGAGUAGUCAACUACAUCACUGGAGAGUUCCCUACCCUGCUCUUGCACGUAUGGCUGGCAGGAGCUAGCAUCGGCAGUACAUUGGACAUCCUGAGUCCCUUCUACACAGAGUCAAGACCUCCAAAAAAGCUGGUGCCACGAGAGCAUGAGGAGGGCGUCGAGACGCAGGUGCCACUGGAUAGGGCUCAGGUGCGCGAACUGGAGGACCGACUGAACCAGGCGCUGGCCGACCAGCAGAGGGUGGAGGAUGACCUGAAGGUAACUGACCUCUGCUCUCCAUUUCGGGUCUGCGUGGUUUGA